AUGGCCUUCAGGAUGCAGCUGGCUCUGGGGUGGAUUGCGGCUGCCUUCCUCCUCCUUCCGGCUUCCAGCUCAGUGAGCCCGAGUGUCCUGAACAUUGACUACUGUGUCACUUUCUGGGCAAAAAACAUUACCUGCUACUGGGAUCUACUGCCCGAGACACAUCCUCCAACAACGUACGUGCUCCAUGUGACAGAGGAAUCUGGACGUUGCCGGCGUGACUUCGGGGGCCCCAUGCAAUGUGUUGUCGGGCCGGGAGAGCGUUCCUGCAGCAUCCCCAUUGAAAAUCUCUUCGCUUUCUACAAAAUCCGACUCGUAGGGAAGAACCAAGAUGGCCAGCUGAGCUCUUCGGAGACGUGCAUCCAUGGGAUGAGCGUUGUCAAACUCAGUCCACCAGUGAUUGAUGCUAUCACUGCGAACCACAGCCAUUGCUUCCAGGUGUCAUGGCACUUGCCAGGGGACGAGAUCCUCUCCGCAUCGGAAGCCCAAUACGAGAUCCAAUACCAGGACAUGGCAGAGAGCUCCUGGAUGCAGGUGAACUUCACAGUUGCAGAGGACGCCAUUGCCUUUGCCAACGUCUGCAGCCUUUUCCCUUUCACCAACUACUCAGUCCAGGUGCGAGCAAAGUAUCUAUGUAUGUCUUCUCUAUUGAACCAAUGGGGUCCUUAUUGGAGUGACUGGAGCGCCGUGAGAUUUGUGCAAACGCGGCCCGCGGUUCCUUCCAACGGGCCAGCGCUUUGGAGGAAACUAGGGACCCCUGAAGCUGACGGGAAGAGAGCGGUUGUUCUGAUGUGGAAGGUAAGCAGGAAAAGUGAUAGAGAACUGUGCAGGGAAACGCUAUCAAAACCCUCCCAGCAGAUGGCCAUCCAGUGCACAUCCUUUGCCACACAGGAACACACAAUCAAACCCUUGGAACCAAAGCAAGCCAAUGGCGAGAUCCAGGCCUACUGCCUCUACUCCCAGAGGGACGGGGAGCCUGCCGUCCUGCAAUGCUACACUCGGGACUUGCAGUGCGCCCUCUCGCUCCCAGCCCGGAUAGGGCACACCUUCCUCCUCAGGGCCAGCAACACUGCAGGGGUCUCCCCACCAAGUAAACUGGUGGUCCCACCGUCGGGAGGAAGAGAAGAUGCUCUCUCCCCGAUCCCAGUCCUUGCCUCGCCAGCAGGGGGAAAUGGCUUGCUUUUGCAAUGGUCCCUUCCCAGCUUUCCGGAAAUGGCCUACGUCUUGGAGUGGGGCCCGUUGCCCGAGGAGAAGCGGGACCCCAAGGCUUUCUGGUGCCGUCAGCCUGGGAACGUCAACCAGGCGGUCAUUAAGGAGGCCAUCGAACCUGGACGGCUCUAUAGCCUCAGGAUCUUUGCGCUCCUUGACGGCAGCAUUUGGGCCUCAGGAUCGACCACCAGUUACUCCAAACAGAUAGCGCCACUCCGGGCGCCAGUUUUAUAUCCCACCCAAGUCUGGAAAACCCGGAUGAAGCUGCAGUGGGAGAAGCUGCCCUUGAAGGAGCGGGGCGGCGUGAUCCGGAACUACUCCAUUGGGUACAAGGAAGACGGAAAGGAGGAGCGGACGGUUGUGGUCAUAGGUUCAGUGCAGAGCUGCAUCAUUGAAGACCUGAGGCCCGGUUCCGUGGUCAGGAUUUACAUCACAGCUUCCACUGAAGGAGGCAGCACCCGGGGACCCGCCUUGGCCGUCCUGAUGAGGAGUAGCGAUUAUGGGGAAACGGAGACGUUCCUCUCUGUUAUUUGUGUGGGGUUCCUCCUCACCCUUCUCCUUAUCGCUGGCUCUUUGAUCUGCGUCUGGAAGCAUCGGAAGAUUCAGAAGUACCUCUGGCCACAGAUCCCGGACCCAUCAAAAAGCGGCCUCGCCACAUGGAUGCCACCCAAACUGUGUCUGGUUAGUAAGGAUCUGCCUCCUCAUUGCCCAGAAAAGUGGAACCAAGGCUAUCUCGGCUUGACUGUCGCCGACGUCUUGAAAGCAGCUCCUCCGUCCCAGCAAGGCGGAUCCAGCUUUGGAAGGCUCCUCAGCACCCGGUGGCUCGUUCAGGUCCAGAAGGCCGGCGAAGAGGAUCUCCCCAAGGCGGACUACUCCAAGGUCGUGGUCCAAGACGUCAGCCCCUGCCCUUCCUGCUCCCUCUCGAAUCAGCCAACAGACCAAUCUCCGCAAGUGUGCCGCCCUGGAGCCCUCUUUGGACAAGGUGUCUGGCUCCAGAAUCUGACCUACGAGGCCGGCAUGCACCGUGCGGCCCUCGGGUCCGCAGGUAAAUUCCCGCUGCUGGCGAAUCUGAUGGAGAAGAGCCUCUGCCCGGUGGAAAUGCCACACAAAGAUAUCUCGCAAAGCUCCUAGCCCACCCAUUGGUCUUGGCCAUCGAGCCGCUCUCCGCUCUUGUAUUAGCUAAUACUUUUAUCCCUCUCCGCAAACCAUCACUUCUCUAUAAAAGUCAAUGUAUGCAUGUGUGUGUAUGUGCCGCAAAAGGUUAUUUUGCUAAGUGUAGUGGCCCUCUGUGAUGUCACUGGACAGGCUGUCGCUAGGUGGAGUGGGCUACUGUGAGAUCAGUGGGAAAGGGGAAGAGUCACAAGGGAGCUGCAUUGCCACAGACACAUUGUGAGGCAGGCCCUCUCCAAGCCAGAGAAGGUAGAAAGUAAACAGACAUAAUAGUGGGUACUUUCUCCCAAUGAUAUUGUUGCCAUGGAGACAUUGUGAGAAAGGCCCUCUUGGACCUGGAGAAGGGAGAAAGUAGGCAGGCAGCAGUCCCAACCAAUAGUCUUGCCAUAGAGACAUUGUGAGAAAGGCCCUCUUGGAACUGGAGAAGGGAGAAAGUAGGCAGGCAGCAGUCUCAAUAGUCUUGCCAUGGAGACAUUAUGAGAAAGGCCCUCUCUGAGCUGGAGAAGGGAGAAAGUAGGUAGGCAGUGGCCAACUUAAAAACAUUCUUAAAAGAUGGGUUGUGUUUUUAUGGCUUGUGGUUUUAACAAUCUUGUUAUCUUGCCUCUUGUGGGAAAACGAUGCAGCUCAAGCAAAACAGCAAACCGUUUGUGUGUGUGUUUUU